AUGUUUGGAUUUUGUUGUGGCUUGGGCGGUUUUUAUGAUGGUCCAAGCCAACUAGCGCUUCCCUCCUGCUCCUGCUUUUGCGUUGAAGCCUGCUGUAGUACGUCCUUGCCAUCUCGCAGUUGGUAUGGGCCAGUGCUGUGGCAAAAGUGGUCAGAACUGACUCACGAGAACAGUGCAGACAUCUUCAAGCAGUUUGACUACAACAGCAAUGGCGAGCUUGAAGCAAGCGAGUUGAGAAAUUUCUUGAAAGCAGCAUUCCCAAGAACGGAACUCUCAAAGGAGGAGCUCAGCGAGUUGGUGACUCAGUUUGAUAGUGACCAGAAUGGCACCAUCGGCCUCAAUGAACUUCGGGCAUUUCUUCGAUGUUACAAUCCGGAAUCGAAGACCAUACAAAGGAAGACAGCCCUUCUCGUCAUUGAUGUGCAGAACGAUUUCAUCUCAGGAUCCUUGGCUGUGCAGAACUCUGAAACGAUUGUGAAGGUGAUCAACCAGAUCCGAGAUAAAUUCGACUGUGUGGUGAUCUCUUAUGACUGGCAUCCUCAGGACCAUUGCUCCUUUGUGGAAAGUGCGAACGAUGGCAAGGUAAAGAUCAAAGAGACAGAGGGUGUUGGCACAUUCCAGGCAUUUUCUCAGGUCACAUUACUUGGUGAUCAAGAUCGUGCAGAGCAUUCACAGAUGCUUUAUCCACGCCAUUGCGUUCAAAAGACAUGGGGGAGCGAAUGCCACAAGGAUUUAGUGGUGAAAAAAGAGGACAUGUCCGUCUACAAAGGGCAGAAGGCAAAUAUCGACUCUUACUCGGCAUUCUUCGACAAUUGCAAAGCCAAUGACACUGGCCUCACCAAGCAGUUGGAAGAUGCUGGCGUGACGGACGUUUACUGCUGCGGCUUGGUCUUUGAUAUUUGUGUGAAAUCUAGUGCUUUGCAUGGAGCGGAGAAUGGAUUUCGUGUGUCCGUGAUUGAAGACGCGUGCAAGCCCUUGAACGAGACUGAGGUCGAAGGCACCCGGAAGCUUCUCGCCAACGCGGGGGUACAGGUCAUGAGUUCUGCGGAAGCCACGCGAGAGGUGAGCGUGCAGAUGUCCGGAUCCAUGCCCCUGAAGGAGUUUCUGCAGUCAGGGGAGCGAGUUCCGGGCCUGCCCGGCCGAAAGACCACCUCCCAACUGGCCGAAGUCGACAUGUUUGGUCUCGGGAAUCCCCAUGAGCCGCUGGUGGAGAUCACGGACCUGUCGUUACAGCACGGUGAAGGUGAAUACCAACAUGCUCCUGCCCAGACGCUGGGAAGGUUCACGCAGAAAGGGUGGUCGCCGCAGCUGCUCAACGCCACGGAUCUCUAUGCAUCGUCUGGCAAGUACACAGGCCGCCUGGGCAUGUACAUGUCUGUCGCACGGUCGCACGGUCGCAAGUACAGGGGUUGGACGUCCACCUCGCCUGCCAGCUGCGAGUAUUGCACGAAGGAGGACGAUUGCACCAGUGGCAUGGAGAGGCAUUUGGCGGACUGCGUUCGCACCGGAGACCUGAAGCGCAUGGAGGAGGAGCUGGAGGACGAGGAGAAGGACCUCGAGCCCUGGGAAGACAGCGAAGUCUUUGAGGCUUGGGGGCAUAAAGGUGCCCAGCUCCACGACAGCGAUGCUGAGGACGGUGUUUCGGCGAGCGAUCACCCCGAGCCCAACCUUUUCGCGACGCACGUGUUCAGCGAUGACCGAGAAGUGAUCCAUUGCGUCCCACGGACCACGGGAGACUUGGAUUCCUUCGGUCGACAAGAGCCCAAGAUGUGCGUCACGGUGAAGGUGACCGUGCCUGCUCUGACGAUGCGCGACGAGAGCACUCGGCUCAUUGAGGCCAAGCUGAAUACCACGCUGCAGGUCAUUGCGAAUGCCACGCAGAAGGCCGAUGCCAAUGCGAGCGCUAGUGGAAAAUCUCGACGCCAGGCUGUUGCAGAGGUGCAAGCAGAAGCCAAUGCCAGCUACAAUGCCACGGCCUACGCGGAAGCCACUUACACAGCCUAUGCAGAAGCCACGGACCGAGCCACUGCGACCUACAAGGCGGUGGCCACCGCAGAAGCCAAGGAGAAGACCAAGGUCGGUGCCACGGACGUCACUGCUGCGGCCCGGCGCAAUGGCACUGGGGCGGCCACGAAGAUUGCGAACGCCACCAGGAGCGUGAAGGCCAAAGGAGAAGCAGGAGUGCUGGUGAAGCUGAACCAAAGUGGGCAUGGCAAGGCAAGUGCAGAGGCCGAAGAGAAGGCUACCGUGCACUUAGAGGAUGUGGAGCGAGUCACCAAGAAUGCGACGGUGACGGUGGAAGGACAUGGCGGUCUCAAGAAGGUCUUCCAGGCGACGGCCACAGCGAAAGCCAUUGUCGAGGCGAAAGCAUGCAUCUCUGCGCGGCAGGCACGCAAGAUGCUCAGCGAGCAAACGAUGAAGGACUCGGGUAAGAGCUUCGCCCGGGCGGUCUACAAGAAGGCAGAGCGCGAGGCCUACGCCGAGGCCAAGGACCGCGCCACGCGCACCGCGGUGAAGCUGGCGACGGAGGCAGCGCAAAAGCGCAUCGACCAAGACAUCGAGCAUCAGGUGAAGGACUACACCGAGGCGCUUGCGCACCGUGAAGAGCUGGAGAAGAUGGCGCUCGAGGAUGCUGUCAACAGCACUCGCGACCUGAAGGAGUCUCUCCAGGCGAAAGCAGUGAAAGAGGCGAUGCAAAAGGCUGUCGAAAAGGUCAAGACGGAGGCGCCUCUGGAGGCCCAGCGGAGGGCCGAUGCCAAGGCCAAGAAGGCUGCUGAAGAUCAGGCCACGAAGCUGGCGACCGAGGAAGCCCGCGAGGAGGCGCAAGAAGGCCUCGAGAAGAAGGCGGUGAUAAAGGCUCGCGAGGAAGCUCAGGACCUGAACUGGCGGGACGACUGGGCACCAGACGACUGGGGUGAGGUGAUGGGGUGGGGCUCGAAAAUAGGGAGACGUUCCGCCCAGUUCGACAUCCUGGAGGAAGGGAAAUAA